AUGUUGCAUCCGAUUGCAUCUAGCAAGAGGACGCCAGGAGUCAGGACCGGUUUCCAAGUUGUUUUCCUUCGCCCCAGGAGGUCGAACACUUGGGAUCUUUUCACGGGUGUCAUUGUUCUGGCCGACAUUGGCUUCUCGUGCAUCGACAUUGACUCUCGAACAUCUGGUGGAACUGCCCCAGGGUGGGUUGGUGUUGCUUCGACCGGUUGCUUGACACUUUACAUAUUGGAAUUGCUUGGCAACCUUCUUUCGCGAGACUCUUCAUUUCUAAAGGAAUUUUGGACGCAGCUGGACAUUUUGAUCAUCUUCGCGGGUGUGAUCCAAAUCAUUUUGGAUGCCGUUGGCUUAAAAGGAGACAGCUUCGCCCUCCUGCGCAUCCUGCGAGUGGUGCGCAUUCUGAGGCUGCUGCGGCUUUUUCGCAAAUUUGCAAUGCUAAAAGAGCUGCGAAAGUUGCUGUUGAUGGCCACCAGUUGCUUCAAGACCUUGUUCUGGUCAUUCCUCUUUUGCUUCAUCUGCAUGGCUGCUUGGUCGAUGUUGGCAGUGGAAAUGCUCCACAUGGAUAUGAAGGUGCUGGUGGCUGAAGGCGUAUGGCAAGACUGCAGCUUUUGCGAACGGUCUUUGAGCAACGUCAUGAAUGCCAACCUUCUUCUCUUUAAAACGGUGGUGGCUAUUGACUCCUGGGGCAGAGUCGCCGUUCCAUUGAUCGAACGCAAUCCCUUCGCAGCAUUCAUUUUUUGUGGUUCCCAGCUCUCGAUCGUCUUCGGAGUGCUGAAUCUGAUUGUUGCAGUCGUGGUGGACCAGUUUGCCGAGCAGCGAACCAAAGACGUCAGCAACAUGGCUAAUGAGUUGGAGGAGGAAGCAGACGAAGAGUUCAGACGACUGGAUAAGAUGUUUCAACUCAUUGAUGGGGAUGGUGAUGGUGAGCUUACAUUGCCUGAGUUGCUGGAUGGAGCUGCGAAAAGCCGGGAAUUUCAGAAUCGCCUACGGGUCAUGGACAUCGAUCAGGCAGAUUUACAUCAGCUCUUUGGAAUGCUGGACUCAGACGGUGGCGGAACCAUUGAUCCGGAAGAAUUUAAGCAGACCUUGACGCGUUGGAACUUCGACGCCAAGACCAGCAAUCGCUUCAUUCGCUACGCGCUGCAGCAGCUCAUGAAGGACCACGCCUCCGCAGCGCAGCGGCUCUGCAGCAUGGAGGAGCGCCUCUCCAAGGCACUUUACCGUGAGCAGGCUGCUGUUGCGAAGGCUGAGCGAAAGAAGUCCAAGCAGUUGAGAGGACUUCGCAUGGCACGGAAAUUUCGAGACCAGCGGGCGCUGCCAGUUCAGAAGAGGCGCCUUGUCGAUGAGGCCAAGCUGCUCCACGGAGAUCACUUUGGUCCACAUUGUUGCAAGCCGCGACGGCCGAGUUCCAACCUGGAAGCGUGGCCUGGCUCUCAACCAAUCUGA